UUGCGUGUGCGGAAUCAUUGCGAAUGUUGAAAAAGCUUCAGUUUUAUCAAAAAAGAGUCUACCUGGGCUUAAACGCCUUCAAAAACGAUCGAGAGAUGGUUGAAGACAUUCCUMAUUCUGGACACCCUUCGAUCUCUUCAACUGAUGAAAGUAAUAAAGAAGUGAAGGAUAUAGUGCGUGAAAAUCGUCAGGCGAUUGUUAGAAAGAUGGCAAGAGRRCUCGACAUCUCCGGCGAGUUCGUACAAAUGAUUUUUAUGAAUAUUUUGGGUCUCCUUGGUCUAAAAACGCUAUGGUAUUCAUCCACCGAUCAAUCACCGCAUUCACCAGACUUGGCACUGAGUUAGUUUUUCCUAUUCCUCAAACUGAAAAUGCCGCUCCAUGGAACCCGUUUACAGUCGAUCGAGAGAUAAAACAAAAUUCGUUGAAGGAGCUGAAGGCCAUCCUAAAAAGUGCUUAUGAAAAGUGUUUCCAGGACUAAAAAUUGUUGGCAUCAGUAUAAUGUACUGGUGGGAAUUACUUUGAAGACGGUAAAAUAAAUAUUGAUGAAUAUUAAACAAUUUGCGUUUUAUUCGCAAUUUCCGGGUACUUUUUCGUCACAAUGUACUAUAAUACACAACUACGAGUAUAUUCACAUUACGUAUAUGUGUAUUUGUGAACACAAUGAUAAUUAGUGAUUGGACGUAAGAAUGCAUGAACUUAGAGAGUGUGUGUGUGUGCGUGAAUACAUUCGAUUAAAGUUCAUAUUUUCUGUUAUUUAUUUUGUGUGGAAUGCCAAUCGUAAUGGCUUUGUUUGCAACUUCUCAAAUGGCUUAUCGCUCUUUAGUUGCUUCACAAYUAAAAAAUGUGUUUCGUUUACCCAUAAUAAAAUUAUUGAAACUCCAUUGAGAUCACUCGUUAAACAAGCACUUAUCCUCACUUGCACACUGUUAUAUCCAUGGGAUAAUCAUAUUUUUCGAUUCGGUUGUUCCUUUUGAUAUGCCAAUUCACUUGCAUAUGUGGAUGUACAUAUGCUAUAAAGUUUUACUUAAAUUGCCAAUUGCGGUUGAUAAGACAAAAAUCAUAAUUUACUUGCCACAAUAUUUAUAUACCACACUUAACCUAUUGAUUUAUGAUGUUGUGUAUGCGAAUGCAUUUUUAUUCAUUUAGUAUUUGAGGAGACCUUUGGGCACACUUUUGGCAUGGAAGAGUACCCACAAAUCUUAUUAAAUUGUUAAUCUCAAAUUUUGCCCCGCUGCAUUGAUCUCAUAACUGUUUCAUAAUUAGAAGUUUUAUUAAUUUUAAAAAAUAUCAAAACCUCACGCGCCGAUAACAUCAAAAAGUUAGCUCUGUUACAAAGUAACUAAACAACAGUUAGCUCUGUUAUCUCUGUUAACUUUUUGUUAUUAUUGCGAUAAUUUUUUAUCGGAUUUAUUUUAUUACAAACCAACAGAACUCGCACCGUUUUCAUAAUAUUCUGUAGUAAAAAUUCUGAUUAAGGGUUCUAUAAUGGUCUUAAAAAAAGAAUUUAGCUUUAUUAAAAUGUCCUAUAACUUU